AUCUUAUCGAACCUUUGCUUCUAGUUUCAAGUUUCCGAAGAAUUACAGUCUUUACAGGGCACAUCUCUGCGAACCUCAUCAAUUAGUCCUUUCGGUUUCUCAUCUACACUACGGUCAUUUCAAGCAAUUCAGCAUUUGCACAUUACGCGCCGUUCAUUUAGACCGCCAAAAUAAGCAUGUCGUCAACAACUGCGCUUCCAACGUCUUUUAUCACAUUAAUUGCUCGAGCUACAUCAACUCCGACUCCCAAUAUCCAGCAAACCGCAACUUCCAUACCCCAGGCUCCACCCGCACAAUACCCUGGGGCCGCCAACAACGAUGGCUGGAGUCCUGCAGCCAUUAUCGGCAUCGUUGCUGCAAUCGUCAUACUCCUCCUCUUAGUACCGCUCAUUGCCAUUCUACUCCGUCGAUACGAAAGAAAUAGGCUCUGCGAAACUGUGAAGGAUUCCAAUUCUAGUAGAUUGGGCUCAAGCAAGAGCAGUGUGGGGGAAGGCCAAAGCCUCCGGAGCAUACUUGUCACAAGAGAGUUGCAACGUACGAGCUUAAGAUUAGCCCUGGGUGUGGAUAAACCGGAACCAGCGCAUGUGCACGACCGAGGGUGGAGUCGAACGGAAGUCAAGGGUGGGAACGGGAAGUGAACAAGAGUCGAGCAAAUACUUUCUAUGAUGCAAUGCGAACAACCUCAAACAACGGCCGAUGCCAUCAGGACAUAAUACGACCGUCUAUUAGCCCCGGUGAGAGCUAUACCGAGACUCGUCCAAACAGCAGAGAGCACAUCCGCCUCAAGUAAGACCAGUCCCGCCUGUGGAUGUUUUGGUCGAGAGACGUUUACUUUGUGUACUCGAUACUCUGUAUACGUGGACGUCAUAUAUCGGCACUUAUAUACAGCGAAUCAACACUUCGUUUCGUAAGGCAUGCCUAUGCAGCACUACGCAGCAAACCCAAACGAAUCAUGGAGGUUGUUGCAGGACGGGGUUAUCCCGCCUCUGGAUGGUCAUAUAGAACUUGUUCAAGCAGAAUCUUAUGACGUCUUAUUCUAUUUCAUCUCAUGAACUUUCCAGCAGGUUUCAAAUGCAUGUGAAAUGCGGAAUACCGGAUAUAAAUUCGGAAUAAAAUG